AUGUCGCAUCACGGACAAAAGGUCACCACCGACCCCGAAUCAACCCGCAACCCCAUCUACGAGGGCGUAGGCACAGUCACCUCCGACUCCCUCGCCGCCGAGUCCCUCAAAGGCUCAGGCGACUUCGGCGCCGGCAACCCCAAAGCCGGCGCCUCCAAGCAGCCCUCCGCCUCCUCUAACACCAACAAUACCGACACAUCUAAUGCUACGAGGCUUGACCCCGCCGUCGAUGCACACGCCCGCGAAGCCCAAGACGGCUGGAGCGAAGAACAAUCCCUCAAAGCCGGCAAAGGCCUCGGCAAGGAAUCUGGCGUAGGCCCCACCUACAACACCAUCGGCUCGUCCGUCAACAGCGCUGGCGACCACAUUGGCGUGUCGACCGGCGCCCAAGUCGGCUUCGAUGGUGUUCAAGGCAACGUCGCGCCUGAAGCAGCGUACUCGCACCCGCACCAGCUUGGAGGUCCCAAGGGCGCGAAUCUAACCGAAGACCCGAAUUUGCAUGGCAAGACGGUAUUUGGCAAGAUUGGCACGAAGAAUGAUCCCGGAAGGGUCGCCGAGCAGGAGUUUGCGAAGAGGGCGGCAGCACAGAGUGGAGGCGGGGAUAGGGGAGAUUUGGCGCAGGGUGGGGAUUCGAAGUUCAGUAGUUUGGAUAGGGAGGAGAGGAGUGCUUAG